AUGAAGUACCAUUAUGGCACAGCUAUGAGACCAUAUCAAUGCAAAAUGUACUUCAAUACAAUAACUUUGGAAGAUUCUGCUUCAACAGAUUUAGUUUAUGAUCAAUUAUCAACAAAUGAGGAACCACAAACAUCAUCUAAAGUUUCUUCAGAGGAAAUAACUAAUAUAUCUGAUGAGAAAUCCAGUCAUACUGUUAAUAAUGAUGAUAUAUUAUCACAGAAACGAGGGACCACAAACAUAUCGAUAUAUAUAGAUGAUUUUGAAAAUGAUCACUGGAAUCAGAUGGAUAUGAUAUACUGCACCAUGUGUUUUUCAAUUUGGAUUAUUCUCUUGUCAUUCUAUCUGCCAAUCAGCAAUGUUACUAUAUAUCUAUUAGUAACAGCUUUAAUAGGAGUAUAUCUUAAUGUCAGCGCAAUGUCAUUGAAAAAAGAAGUUUCAGUUAUCACAGAAAACUGCAAAUGUCAAUCAAAACAGUCUACUGAUACUAUUAUUAUUAUUUAA